UAAUUUAAACAAUCUACAACAUUUGACCUAAACGUAUUCUCAUUUUUUCGAAAUGUCUUUUCUGUAUAAGCCAAGAAAGAAAAACGGUGAUAUUAUCAACUUUCCACAAGUAUUUGACAAAGUUCUUAUAGGAAACGGUUGUUGGCUAACUGAAGGUGAUCCUAAGGACAAAUGGUUUAAAUUUAAAAAUAUUUUGUAUAAUAUAUAUGGCUGGAUUGUGUAUGUGAAUCUAAGUUUUAUUAUAUUUUGUGAAAUGGCCUAUUUUCUUGUGAAUAUAAAGGAUGUGCGUAAAGCUGUUGAGAGUUUUUGUCCGUCUAUGAUUGGUUUUUUUAUUGUUGUACGAACACUACACUUUCGUUUAGUUACCGAAGAUCUUAAAAGGCUUUUAAAAUUGUUUGCCGAAAAAAUUUGGAUAGAUCGAGACAAAUAUCCACGUAUUGUUAAACGCUGUCAUCGCAUUAUGAGACCAGUUUUUGUCUACUUCGUUCUUAUGUUUAACGUUUUAAUAUUAUACAGCAUCAUACCGAUUUUUGUAUUCUUUACAACAAAUCAAUCCUUGGAAUCCAAAGACAAAAGAAUGCCAUAUUCAAUGAUAUUUCCCUACGAUGCUCAAACAGGUUAUAUAUAUUUUGUUACCUAUAUUGCUGCAAUUUUAGCCGGUUAUGUAGUAAUAUCUCAUUUCUAUGCUCUCGAUGCACUUCUGCUUAUGUUUGUCAGUUAUUUGAGCGGACAAUUUGAAAUCUUACAUGGUGAAAUUGUUCGCCUAAUACCAGAGUGUCAUGCUGAGUGGUUGAAACGUUAUGGUGUUGAGAUUGGUGUUAGUAUUGGCGGCAAUAAUGAUGUUGGUUAUGAUGCUCAACCGGAUGCUAGAAUGCUUAAACUUUUACAGGAUAUGUAUACUAAACGUUUGCAUGAAUUAUCUGCUCGCCACAAUGAUUUAAUUAGCUUUAGUGUGCGACUCAAUGAAUCGAUUUCAUUUCCACUUCUGGUGAACGUUGUAAAUUCAACAUUUUUAAUAUGUUUCUGUGGUUUUCAGUUUCUUCUUAGUGGAACAACCUCAUUGGGUGAUUUUAUGUUGUUCUCGUCAUUCUUUUUUUCAGUGACAUUGCAAUUGUACGUGAUUUGCUACAGUGGCACGAUACUUAUAAAAUAUUCUACUAAUACCGCCUUUUAUUUGUACUUGUGUAAUUGGGAGGGUGGUCAGUUGUCGAAAGAUUCACCGUUACUACUUAAGCCCGAAGAUAUGGAUGCGGCCUCUUUGAGUGCCAAGUUACCAUUAUGGAAGCACAUUAAAUAUUAUCCAGCUGGUAAGGAUUUUUGCAAUAAAUUGCGUUUUAUGAUAAUGCGCAGUCAACGUCCCGUCCAAAUGGAUGCCAUGAAAUUUACCAUUCUAUCAUUGGAAAGUUUUAGUAAGAUUCUUAGUUCAUCGAUGUCUUAUUUUGCUCUAUUAAAAACUUUUUUGGAUAAACAAAAGUAAUGUGUUUGUAUGUGCCGAUUAUCAAUGAACGUUGUCUGGGCAAUUUUUAGUCAUUAAGUAUGUAUGUCAUGUCACAUAUAUUCACUGUAUAUUUAUCAAUAAAGUUUAAAAAUUUUCUGUU